GCAGGAACAGAGUGGUGUUCUUUGGCCCUCCUGAGUCCAAAGUAAAAGGAGAGGGAAAAACCUGUUGGUGAGAGUGCUGUUGCAGUCUGGUCAAGAGUGGUGGUUGCAGUCUGGUUGAAAAGUGGUGAUUGCAGUCCAGUCGAGAGUGGUGGUCUGCAGUCUUCCUCUGGAUCCCACGAGUGGUUAAAAAAGUCCCAAGACUCCAAGAUUAUAUAUUCUCCAGUUCAGGCAGGAAUGCUCAGUACUUCCCUUAGGGCGGGGGGUUCCUCAAUGGGCGUGAGGACAAAAACACCCUUCUAUCUCGCAGGCCUCUUAGCACCUAGUUUGUAGCCUGAUGAAUCAGGUUGCUCUGGGCAGAGGGUGCGAAUAGUCUAUUGACAACAGUUUCUGGGAAAUGGCAUGGAAGGUUAUAGAAUACACAGUUUUGGGUUACACCCAUCCAGUGAUGAACUGGGCCCAGUUGUUCUAACUAGGACAAGAUGGAAGACAGGAAUUACAAAAACAGACUUCCUGGACUUUCUGCAAGUCACGGUGACUCUGCUUUAUCCAGAUCAUGAUGACUAAGCAAAUGCUGUAUCACCAUGAGUUUGCUAUUUGGCAGCCAAUCCUGAUGUAUGUGUACAUGAAAGCACCAAUUGUGGGUUGACAUGUUGUGGUAGUUUGGUUUGGGCCUUCCUUGGUGACCAGUUUGUAACCAAGGAAGUGGCCAGACUACCUGGUAUUCCCUACGAUUUUUACACAAGCCAGAGUAUAAGAAGAAAGGAGGAGAGGCUUUCGCUCUUCUUUCCUUCCGGCAUCUUUGGAGGUGUGGGUUUCCCUGCUGUUGAGUCUGUUGUGUUGGGGAGUGAGGCCUGGUAAGGCCUUGCCGACCUUGGAAGGCGGAGGUUGCUGGCGGUCGUUCCAGUGCGACUUUCUGUUGUCCCAAGGAGAGUAGUAAGAUGUUCUUUUGCUAAUUCUUUUAGUUGCUAGAUCUUGGGCUAUUGAUCGAGUAUAUUUUAUUUUGGUUUUGUUCCUUUUAUUUUCCUUCCCCCUUCCCUUUCCCUUUUCCUUUUGAAAUUGUACAUAUAUUUCAAUUGUAUAUAAAUGCAAUAUAAGUGUAAAAAUAUAUAUAUAUUGCUUUAGCUGUCUCUCUCUCGUUUUGGUUCUCUUGGUUUUUUUUUCCCUUGGUUUGGUGGGGGGGAGCUCUUGUGGUGAGGUUUGAAGACUUGGCAGGGAGCCAGCUUCAAACCACCUCACAUGUGUCUUGUGUGAAGAGUAUAAGUAUCUGUAACUUUUUGCAAUAAAGAUCCUUCUAUCCUGUCCCUGCCUUGAAAGAAGAUGAUUCUGUGUCGCUUUAGCCAUCUCAACAGCGACAUUUGGUGACUCCGACACGAUUGCUGCGCCGAAGAUUUAUCUCCAAGAGAGAGUUCGAAGGGAUUUUUCUCCAAGAGAGAACGACUUUGAAGAUUGAUCUCCGAGAGAGAGAGUUUGCAGUGAUUUCUCUCCAUUUGCAGUGAUUUCUCUCCUUGAGAGAGAAGGAGCAGUGAUUUCUCUCCUUGAGAGAGAGGGACUCGUGGGUUGAUGCACGAGGGAGAUGGCGCCCAAUGAAGCUUUGAGAGCAGUGGGAGUUCUGCUAAAAAGGUCUGGACCUAAAGACUUUAUCGACCCCUCAUUAGGUAAGCUAUCGGGGGAGAGUCAUCGGGAACAAAAAUUUUGACAAUGGGACAAUGUAUAACUAAAGACAAAAAUGUAGUUUUAUCUACAUAGAAAACCCUCCUUAAUCGUAGGAGUGUCAAAGUUAACGAUUUUGAUUUACGACGUGUGCCGUUAUGGUGCUAAAAACAAGACUUUGAAACUACUACGUUAAGUUGCAUUUAAUGUGUCUGCCUGGUGCUUGUGAGACUUUGAAAGAUUUGGAAGCGUGCAGAGGGCAGCAAUCUAUGCAAUAAUUCACAUAAGAACCAAACUCUGAGAUGUAGCUGCCCAGGAAAAAAAGCAGGUUGCCAGUGUACUGAAAAUAUAGCAAACUAUCUUUGAACCAGGCCUCCCAUCCAGAAAAAUAUAGAAAAUUCUAACAAUUCACUCCUGGACACAGAAAAGAAAGAGGGACCCCUCCCCUCCAUUGCUGCUGCUGCAGAAAAAACAGUUUUUCUACCAGAUGACUCUGCCGAGAAAAUAACUAAGGAGAGAAAUUCAAAUCGAGACAUACAGGCGAAUGGAGAGGAGCAGAAAUAAACUAGAGGACGGGGGCCGGGCGGAAAACAAGAGAGCAGAGCCCAUCCUUGUACGAGCCAUCGGAUUUAAGAGUCAGCACCCACCUUCUUUUCUUUCUUCUUCGCAGCCUGAGUUACCUAUUCUUUGUUCAUAUGCUAAUUGGCUGUUUCAGUUUCACAAUGUGUGUAGGGUAAAACACAUAAGAUAUGCAACAGAUUAAAUUUAAUGUAGUAAAAACCUGAAGAAGAUGAUUUCUGCCGCGUUUGAGAGGCGGGGGGAGAGAAGGAGAGGGCAAGCUAGAAAACUACCUUCCCGCAUUUGUUAACUCUCAUGUUAACUCUGUUGUCUGUCAAAUGUGUCGUUGUGAACUCACAGUGUUAUUAAUGUUACUCGGGGGGGGGGAGAAGCGCACAAAGUUUUUGCCAGGAGAAAACAGAAAAAGAAAAGUAAAAAUCCCCUCUUUGCAAAAUUCAACCUUAUCAGGAAGAGAGAUAAAGUGUAUUUCACACAGUAGAGUCAGUUUGUUGCUUAACAACCAAACAGGAGCCCAAACCUCCCACUAGCCAAAUCCACAAAAAGUUUAAAAUACCAAUUUCUCAGGACUAGGGAGGGAGUAAAACUCUCCUACUUUAUAAAAACUGUAACUUUGCAACCUUCUGAUUAGAGAAAGAAAUUAUCUUUCCUUGCAGUCAAAAAAGGGGGGGCGAGAACAUGCAUAAAUGUAAUAAAGAAGUAGAGUUUUUAAAGUGACUACUGAUAGAUUUUCUUUGAAACCCAUCCCGCUGCCUGUGAUAAGAAAAUUCCAAAGUGUGUGGGGGGAGUGACUCUCCACCAGAGCAGAGUGAAGGUGGUGCCAAGCACAGUUGCGCUGCCUUCCCUCUCCUUCCCACCCUUUCAUUGCUUCAGUGUUUUACAGACAAAUUUUUAGAGGUUACUAAAAAAGCUUUAAAGUAAACUAAUUUAGUAAAAUGCUUAUUCCAAGAUAUCUUAUUUGACAAAGGCAGUUUUUGCCAGAGAAAAAAAGAAAAGAUAGACCAUUUUAGCCUAAAGUUUCCACCUUUGUAAAGAGAGAGAUAAGAUCUAAGGAGAUAACAGGGAUUUGCCUAACAACACACAGCCUUUUAAGUUUAAACUGUUGCUUAGUAAGUGAAUAGAGAAAAUUAAAACCUUUUCUACCUUUUAUAGCAACAAGCAAGAAACAAAACUAUGUAAACUUAAUUUUUCUGUUCUCUUCUCAGUAGAGCAUAUGCCAGAAAGACUGAGAGGUAAAAAUUGUUUCUUAGUCAAUUUUUUUUAAAUGCAAAUUGUUGCUGAAAACCAAAAAACAUUCUAAAAAACUCGGACACUUUCAGAACUGUGAAGUUUUCUAAGAAAGAGAAACAAAAGAGUAUAAAGGCUCUUUCACUGAUGCCUGUGCAGCUUAUGCUAAGGAAAAAAACCUCAGGAGCAGUUAAUCGAGGGUGAGAUAAGGAAAGGGUUUAAUUUGUGCCUAGACAUAGAUGUUACAGGAUGCGCCGGCUGUGCCUGAGAUGUUACAUUUUAUAAUACUGCUUGACCAAUCCAAGUUUUGUCCAUCUCAUAGCCUUUGCUCUGGUCCACCCCCUGGCCCACCCCCUGGGAAUUGGGUCUGUGGGCUUUUGGGACCACCUCUUCAUCAUUCUCAUCAUCCUCAGAGCACAAAGGGUACACGGUCACCCAGUUCUUGACUCUGUUCUGUUGUUCAGGCCAAGAUAUGAGUGUUCUCUUAAGAGCGUAGGCCUUGCCUUGACAAAAGACUAAACAUUUCUACUGAAUUCAGGGGUAGAUUUGAUAUGGGGAGCAUAGAAUGGGGUGAGAGGGUUAAGGAAUGUGUAAACUACUUGUGCUACAGGGUAGGGAACAAGGGCUGCUGCUUCUACUUCUUAUAAAACUUAUAAAGCUUACAAAAUUAGAAAAAUAAGAAACUAAAAGGGUCUUAAGGCAUCACACCCAAAGAUAUUUUGCUAGAAAAGAUAACAGCACCAAUUACAAACUCAAAAAUAGAACACAACUAAUUAUUAAUUUGUUAUAGGUUAGGACUUCAGAAAAAUUUGUCUUUCCCCUGCCCCCCCCCCCUCACUGUAGGAAAGACGGAGUUUGAGUGAAAAAGGGGGGAAGGGAGGUCAUUAGUUUUACAAAAGAUGUACCUGGCUGAGCUGACCAGGUCAUUAGAUUUACAAAAGAUGUACCCUGUGCUCGCUGAUGGGCGAUUUAGAGAGACUGGGUAGAGAGGAACUGCUGUGUGUUCGGAGGGGAAAGGGGGCAGACGGCUGGGUUCUGUUGCCAGGACGGAGUCAGGGACGGUAUCCAGGGAUCUCUGGAGGAAGAGCUACUGAGAGCCCAGACUCCAGUGGCAAUCAGAAGGCCUGACCACCGGCCCUGCACCGCCACUGCCUCGUGACUCCUGCCGGGACCUACUGGUCGUUUUUUUUUUCUUCUCUUCAUCGGAGAGGUCUGUGUUUCCUGGGAGGAGAGGGUAAAGCCUUGGAACGUCAUCACCUGGGAACAGUGAGUCCUGUUGAGGGGUGAACUGCUGAGGGGAGGGUCCCCCACCCCCUUGUCGGCUCCCUGCGCGACCCGAGACCAACCCCCAGACCCCUCUCCCUGCACGGUGACUGUCAGAGAUCCCACAGCGCCCCUUGCCGACCACGACCGAGAACUGCAGGCCCUACAUCUUUGGCGGUCCAACAGCGCCCCCUGCAGGCCACGAAAGGGUACUGCAGACCCUGCACCUUUAGCGAUCAAACAGCGCCCCCUGCCAGCCACAACAAGGCAUUGCAGAUCCUGCACCUCCAGUGACCCAACAGCGCCCCCUGCAGGCCACGAUUAGGACUGUGCUAAAGGACAGAGAAGUAUUCAUUUAGACUUUUUUUGUUGUUUGUUUUUUUUUCUUUAUUUUUUCUAGGAUUGCUGUCUAGUUCUUUUGUGCUUUUGUUACUGUUUUUUUGCCAACAUACAUAUAUCUUUUAAUAAGGGAUUGUUAUUUCUUCUGUUUUUUCCACAUUUUCCUCAAGUAAAACCCCUUAAUUUUGAUAUUACAAUUGCUGAGAGAGAGGAGUUUGGUCUACCUCAUAACUCAUCCUCUUUAGCAAAUAGUCCAGUCUCAUCAGACUGUGACAUAAUUAUAGCCUUGCAUUGAUUUGUUUAAGUUUAUUAUAUUUGGGAAUUCAAAAAACAAAUUUUACCUUCCUCAGAUUCUGUAAAUACAAAUAUGCAUAAUUUUGAAGGUAUCUAAAAUUGUCUUAAACUACAUCUGUUCUAGUCUCUGUGCUAAACAACAGAGGUAUGUCCCUGUUACCGAGUAGCAACCUUAGACCAAAGCUGCUGCUGCUUUCCCAAGAAGCAUCCCCAGUCCUCUGGCAUGCUCCUAUAAGCAAGAUCCUGAUUUAAAGCAACCUGAAGGCUGGAUGACACUGCUUAAGUCGGAAGGGACGUGAUUCUUCUCCAGUUUCAUUCUUUUGCAUCCAGAGAGACAGAACUCUGCCCUAUGAAUUACUGUGAAUCCUUACAUUAGAAAUGGCAAAUACAUUGCCUGUGUCUGACAAUUUAGUUGACCUUUAUGACAACCAAAGUGUGCCUCCUCUAGAACUAAACAUCAGCAACUCCUGUCCAACUAAUCUUCUUAAUAUAAAAAAAAAGUUCAAAGAGUCCGAAGCAAGAGCAUUGGCUAAAGAGAGGCAAAAGAAAAACAACCACAACUUAAUUGAACGAAGAAGAUCUAAAAUUAAUGAUUGUAUAAAAGAACUGAGCACCUUGAUACCCAAGUCAAAUGACCCAGAUAUGCGCUGGAAUAAGGAAAUGAUCCUAAAAGCCCCAGUGGAUUACAUCCAUAAGUUGCAAAGAGAACAGCAGUGCAUGAAAGAGCUGGAAAACAACCUGAAGAAACUGGAAUAUGCCAACAAACACCUGUUGCUCAGAAUACAAAAACUGGAGAUGCAAGCUCAAGCACAUGGACUGUUCCUUGUUCCAUCUACAAGCCUUUACUCCCCUGAAGUCAACAAGGUCAUCAAACAAGAGCCUGUGCUGGACAACUACACCCAAAACAUGAUGCCACACCACACAAACCUGUCCUGCAUCACCACCCUCAACCUCACUGAUGGCACCAUCACCUUCAGUGACAACCUCGGGAACGUGACUAAACCAACUGACACAGUGUUCCUGCAAAAUGGAGAUCCAAACUAGAAGAUAUCCUGAUAAAUGAUAAAUAUUAUUAAAGAAAAAAGAAGCUGUGUGUGACUUG